GGUAGGUAUGCACUACGGUAGGUAGAGCGAGACGAGAGGGGGGACAGAGGAGAGGAGAGGAGAGAGGCGGACGUGUUAGGUAGGUUACGCGAGGCGAGCCACACACAUGCAUGGGUGUGAGAGUGUCGCUCGCUCCUGGUGGUGGGUGUAGUGUGUUCUGUGUCUUGAGUUAUUCGUCGCCCUCUCCCUCGUCCCCCUCGUCGUCAUCGUCAUCAUCGUCGUCGUCAUCCUGACACACACAUGCAAUGCAACACAUACCACACAAAUGUGUUGUGUCUUGGGAAUGUGUCUCUGUGCCUCCCUGGGUUGCUUACGUCAUCGUCGUCGUCCCCCUCGUCAUAGCCCUGGCCGCGGCCCUGGUUGCCCUCGCCGCCCUCACCGCCGUCGUCAUCUACACACACACACAUCACCACAACAGAUGGAUUUGAAUGAACCUCGCGCCUGUGUGCUGUGCCUCUCUCUGUGUCCGGUCCGGUUCACGCGUACCUCCUUCGUCAUCGUCGUCAUCGUCAUCGUCCCCCUUGUUAUCGUCAUCGUAAUCUGUGACACACACCACACCGACACAAAGCAACACGCACACAAGCGUUGCGUCAGACGGCAGCCGUCCGUCCUAUUCAUGCGUGUGUCUGUCCUGUGUCUGCCCUCCCGUGUGCGCCUGUUCGUACCCUCGUCCUCCUCAUCGUCGUCAUCGUCGUCCUCUACGGGCGGACCCUCGCCACCGUCAUCCUUCCUAGGGCGCUGAGGGCACACAGACACACACACGCGAAUACGGCAUGCACACACACGAUGCCAAGACAUGAACCAAUCCAAUCCGCCCGUGUCGUCGGCUGGAGGGCGUCCCGUGCCGCCCAUGGCCACCCCAUCCGUCCUUUCGCCCUCCCCAGGUGCCCAGAUCGCCCACCUUGGGGCGCGGCUCCUCGGGAGCCUCGUCCUCGUCCUCAUCCACGUCCUCGUCUGACCACACACAGGCACCAUCGACACACACAGGCAUCCCAUCCAUGCCGCUGGCGGCAGGCGUCCGUGAUGCAUGUGGUGGGUCGUACCACGUGUCCUCUUGUCCUCUUUGUCAGCCAUCGCUCAGGGCCGUACGAUAGAUGAUCUAUGCGAGGCGAUUAGCUACAACACCUGACCUGAACCCGAAGCGGCCUUGCCGACCAACCUGCCUGCAGGGUUCAAACCCUAGGC